AUGAAGUUCAUGGCCAAACUUAGGAACCUAUCAAUAAACAUCUCAUUACUUGAGGCUAUCCAAGAGAUCCCAGGAUACACUAAGUUGAUGUCUAAGAAGAAAAAUGUUGAAGGUGAUACUAUUGAAGUCACUCAUAGAUCUAUCACUAUCAUAGAUAGUAAGGUUGCAAAAAAGAAAGAUGACCCCAGAGUAUUCACUAUCUCUUGCACAAUUGGGACGUAUGAAUUUGCAAAAGAUCUAUGUGACCUUGGUGAGAGCAUCAACUUAAUGCAUUUUGUUAUAUACAAGAAACUUGGUUUGGAUAUCCCGAUUCCAACCUUUUUACAUUUCUUGAUGGCGGACUGGUCUAUAAAAAGGCUGGUGGGUAUAUUAUUUAACGUCUUUGUGAAAGUGGACAAAUUUAUUCUCCUAAUGGAUUUUGUGGUAUUGGAUUGUGAACUGGACCAAGAAGUGCCUAUCAUUCUUGGUCGUCCUUUCUUAUCCACUGAGAGAGCCAUUGUUGAUCUAGAGCUGGGGGAGAUGAAAUUUAGAGUGCAAGAGAAUGUGGUCUCUUUCAAAAUUUGCAAAUCAAAGAAGCAAACCACGGAGUUGCAAGUAGUAUCCGUGGUUGAUGUUGAAAAUAAGAAGAUGAAUGAAAAGGAGUUCAAGGAUCCACCUUGA